AGCCUCCAUCUUACGGACUUAAAAAAAGACUCAACCAUAAACCACUAAACAGCACAAUAGAUGGCCCUGCAUACAUAGAUACCAAUUAUCAACAACAAACGUUAUCGUCACCAUGUGGACAUGUGGGUACAGUUGGACACUGUUGCCGAUGAAGGCCGGGAAUAAAGCCGCGAAGACUGAUUGACCCAAGCCUUAAGUGGAACCAGUAAACAAGGUUGGAACGCAAACUCAUCUGAUAGGAAGAUGAUGAAGAGAGGGAGAAUUGAAAGACUGGAGAAACAUCACUUUGAGAAUGUUGAACAUUAACCUUUACGAAUGAAUCGAGUGAAAGACUGUGAACAAAAUUACAAAUACAAAUCCAUGUGAAUCGAAAAAGAAUCUUGUAAAAACUUAGGGAAUUACAAUGAUACCAAUAAAGAGUUCAAUGUUGACAUUUGUUCAGAAAAGUGAUGUUAAUGGUGGAAACAGAAAUGUUUCAACUGGUAUCAACUCGAAAAUUGGACCAUUAAUACAUGAACAAACGAUGAACUGGAUCAAGAUUAAUCGGAUACAACUGGCAAUCACAUUGAUUGGACUUUUAUCAUUUCUUUGUUUUCUUCCAUCAAUUUCCAAUGAAUUUGUUUUCGAUGAUAUACCAACCAUAAUCAACAACAAAGAUGUUUGUCCAGAGAAAACAUAUUUUACCAAAAUAUUUUUCAACGAUUUUUGGGGAACACCAAUCGUCAAGGAAGAAUCACAUAAAUCAUACCGACCUUUGACAAUAUUAACUUUCCGUUGGAAUUUCAUGCUCCAUGGUCUACAAGUCACCGGAUAUCAUUUAGUCAACAAUAUUCUUCAUUCAAUUGUAUCAAUAUUAUUCUUCAGAUUGUGUUUGUGUUUUACUCAUCAUUUCUGGGAAUCGUUCAUUGCUUCAAUUUACUUUGCCAUUCAUCCAAUCCAUGUUGAUGCGGUUGCCAGUAUUGUUGGACGAGCUGAACUUUUAUCUGCGCUCUUCAGUCUCUCAGGUUUACUUUAUUACUGUUCUUACAAUGGUAAUAAUCAUGAUAAUAAUGGGGAUAAUAACACCAAUAAUGAUAAUAAAAAUAAUAAUCCAGAUAAAUGCAUUUUAAUUGUAUUCUUAUUAACGUUUUUGGGAACCUUUUGUAAAGAACAAGCUUCAACAACUUUAAUUGUUUGCAUUUUUCACCAAAUUUUAUUCAAAUUUAAUCUACGAACAAAGAUGAUUAACUGUACAAAACGAUGGAUUUAUCGUUUCAAGUGUUACAUCGAUUCACAGUUAACUUCACCAAAACAAGUUUCUCAUUGUAAAUUAUCUACUCACAAGAUGGUUCCUGGUCAACUUAAAAGUGCCUCAACUUUUUACAAAAAUAUAUUUUACCUUUCAAUUGGAUUCGUCACAAUAAGUUGCCUUCGAUUUGCCAUUAUGAACAAUAAACUUCCUUCCUUUAACAGACUGGAUAAUCCAGCACGUAUUUUGGCAUCACCUUAUCGUCAACUAAACUAUGCUUACAUUUGGACUUACAAUUGUUGGCUUUUAUUGAAUCCAUUCAAUCUGUCUUGUGAUUGGUCAUCAUCAUCAAUUCAACUCAUCACAUCUUUACUUGACCCUAAAAAUGUGAUUACCCUUGCCACCUUCAUCUUUACUCUUCUCCUUUUACUCCAAUCAGAUACAGUCUCAUGGAUGGGAUUGGGGUUCAUGAUGAUAACCUUUUUACCAGCAUCCAAUAUAUUCUUUCCAUUGGGAUUUGUUAUUGCCGAAAGAGUUUUAUAUUUACCUUCAAUGGGUUUCUCAAUUAUUAUCGCUCGAGGCUUUGUGCUGCUUUAUUCAUCGAUAAAAAGUAAAAGAUAUUGGAUCAAAAUCUUAUUCCAUCUGGUGACCUUUAUUUGUGCCUCAAGUUUAUUAGUUAAAACGGUUCAUCGAUGUACCGAAUGGCAAAAUGAAUUGUCAUUGUUUACUUCAGGAUUAAAUGUUAACCCAACUAAUGUAAAGCUACUGAACAAUGUUGGCCGUUUGUAUGAGAAUCAAGGAAAUUUGUCCAUGGCUUUGAGCUUUUAUGAGAAAGCAGUUUCAAUUCAACCAGAUGAUGUUCGAGGUUAUCUCAACUUGGGUAAAGCAUUAACCAAAAUUGGUCGAUUAGAGGAGGCUGAAAGAUCUUAUCGUAAAGCAUUAGACUUAAUACCAAGACCAAAUGAAAUUUCAUCAAAAUUAAAUUCCAACCAUUAUCUUCCUGUUUCUCAUCAUCACCCAUAUAACGAGAAUGAUGACAAAUUGUCUGAAGAUAAACAGAGAGAGCAACAAGAGUUGCCUCCAUCAUCAAUAAAAUCAUCAUCGUAUGGAGACGAUAGAGGUACGGAGCAAAGUAUAGUUGCUUCAACUGGAAGGUUAACCUUGCCCGGUUAUGAAAGGCUGGUUAACCAAGGGACCAACACUGACACCAUGAUGAACCACAAUGAGGGUAACCAUGAAGUCAAAGUGUCACCCAGCUUGGCCUCACCUUCGGGUUUACCCUUGGCUGACAAGAGUGGUUUAACGGCAAUCACAUUGAACCAUCUUCAAGGUUUACUUCAUUACGCUUCACUCAUUAGUAAAGAUGAAAGGCGCCUUGAUGAGGCUAACCGGAUGUUUUCAACAAUUGCCUCAAUGAGACCAGAUUAUUCAGUCACCUAUUCAACCUGGAUACAAUCCAUGAUUCAUGGAAAUGAUCAAAACAAUGAUGAUGGUGGAACUCGUAAAGGUUCACCUCAAAAUGAUCAAGCUCAAAAUGGUCAAAUACUUUUAUCCCAAGUUACCUCAAACAAUAAACAAACGGAUCCAGACAUUUUGUACAAUAUGGCCAUACUUUUCAAUAAUAAUGGCAACAUUGAGAAUGCUCUCAAUCUAUUUGAUCAAGCUUUAUCCAUUGAUCCAUAUCAUGAAGAAACUCUAUUAACAUCGGCUCGAAUAAUCAAGGAUAAUGAAUUGAUUGGAGACUAUUUAACCAUCGCAAUGGAAAGACUUGAAACUCUCGUCUCGAUGGGAAAGGCUGAUGAGACUGUUUACUUUGACCUGGGAAUGCUUGCCAUUAGGUCAGGCCAUAUGUUGACUGCUAGACGUUACUUUGCCAAAGCCAUUGACUUGAAACCAAACUUCACUGAAGCAUUGUUCAAUAUGGCUUUGUUACUGUAUAAAGAUGAGAAACCCAAAGAUGCUUUACCUUUUCUUAAAUUUUUACUCAAAACUGAAGAAACUCAUGGAAAGGCUUUACUUUUAAUGGUUGCCAUAAAUUCAAGCAACAAUGAUGCUGAUGAGCAAAAUGAUUUACCCAAAAGUCAACAACUUUCAUCACCAGUUUCACCGUCAUUAUCACCAUCUUGAUGGGGUUGGCAAAGGCAAAAUUUGGUGCUGCAAACUUGAAGCUGAAUAUUUUACUGAAGAUAAAUUUUAUUCACAAACAAAUUGAUUCAAAUUCAAAAUGUUUAUUUUAUAGUCAACUUUGUUGACGCUUUAUGUGAUUGAAAGAGCCAAAUUUUACAAAAAUUUUGUACACACCGAUCGAUACUAAACUAAUGUAUGAAAAGACGAUUUUCGUCUUGCAAUCAAAUUCGUCAACUUUCAUUUUCUUGAGAGGAAAAAUGUUCAAUUGUUCAACUAAUAUUUAACAUGAAAUUCAUUUUCAAAUUAUGUUUCUACUGAUUAAUAUAGUGCCAUCUAUUGACAUCAACUGAUACUGGAAACAGAUUUGAAAAUGAAAGUAAAUGUUGACUAAAAUUAAAGAAUGAAAAUGUUGAGCAAAGGUCGAGUUGAACUCAGAAGAUAUUUUUACAUUGGAAACAACGGAAAUUAAUCUUGAAAAUCUAUAGUUUGAAUGUACUGUUCAUGUUUUUCAUUUCAUUGUCUGAAUAUGUAUGUACAUAAAUCAUUGAUGUAAAAGCAUUGAUUACAUGAAAACUCGUAUUUUGAGUUUAUCUGUCAAAUUGUUCCGCUUUUAAAGACAACAAUUCUGAAUAAAUAUUUGAUUAACAAAA